AUGCAGAAAAUUUUUCUUGGAUUCAUUUGUAUCAGUGCAAUCAUUUGUGCAUCAUCAGCACAAUUUGGUGUUUGGUCUUCAGAAUUUAUCGAAGCUAGAGAAGACAUGCUGAGAAACGGGAAUGAAUGGUCCCUAGAACUAGAUAGUGCUUACACCAAAUUUUACAGUGAAGUACGUGACAGCAUGGAACGUCUUUUGUCACCUUUGGGAUCAGUUUUUACCGAAUUUAGUAAAGCAUUUGGGUCAGUAGCCCAAGAAGACUUGUCAGAAAAUGUUUCUGAGAAUUUUAAUGAUUUUUUCGAGCUGGUUAAUUCAACAUUUAUUGGCUUCCCUAUAACAGCAUCGAUAACUCUGUCAUCUUUAACUUCUACAUUUAUUCAUAUGGGAACGUCAUUGACCUUAGCACCAGUAGCACAAAAUUUCGAGAUGAGUAUGGCUACAGCGUUAAGUACAUUUUUUAUGAAAUUUACUAAUCCGACAGAACCGAUAUCAGAAUCAUGCAAGGCUCAUAUUUUGAACCAAUUUACUUCAAAUUAUGAAGCGACUAAAAAUAAAUCACUAGAUGAUCUUGAAUUGAACAGGAAAUAUUUGGGAAAUUCAUUCAAUGAAGUAAAUAUGGCUGCAGAUAUGGUAACUAAAGACACUCAAGCCCUUGCUGAUAAAGUUUAUGCAUGUUCAGUUCAAGAGACGAGUGCAAGAACUCAAUGUGUCCAAGAUAUUGUUGACGAAUAUGCAAAUUGCAUUACUUGCCCAUAUAAGAACGGCUUAAAAUCUGCAUCUUCAGGAAUUGCAUUUAUUGGAAGAAAACUUUACGUGGAGAUGUCAAUGGAAGUUACGGGCAUGCCAAUGUCAAACCCAUACCUUUUCGAAAAUUUAAAAUCGACAUGUCCUUAG